GAAUAAGAAGGUAACAGAAGUUGGGAGUGGAGGUAGACAAUUGCCCCCCAAAAGAAAACUCCCGAAAGAAAUUUAAUUUACGGCAUUAAGCUUCAAUGGUCUGGUCUGCUGGUUACUGCGUAUCAUGAUCGGAACAAAGAGAAAAGAGCGAGGCAAAGGGAAAGCUUAAUUAGCAAAAUAGAAAUAUGCCGCCAAAAAAGAGUAAGAAGAAUCAGAAUCAGAAGCAGAAUAAGCCCCACGCUUCGGCUUCCUCUGCUCCGAGGUUGCAGAUUUCGGCCGAUAACGAGAGCCGCCUCCGCCGCCUGCUUCUCAAUUCGGCACAUGCGUCUGCUCCACCGCCUCCCCCCGCCGUUGAUGAUGCCACGUCAUCCCUAACGAGGGCUCAGAAGGCCAAGAAGCUUAAAUCUCUUUACGAGAAGCUCUCUUGCGAAGGUUUCACUAAUCGCCACGUUGAGCUUGCUCUCUCCGCUCUCAAGGAAGCUGCUACUUUUGAAUCAGCUCUUGAUUGGUUAUGCUUGAAUUUGCCGGGCAACGAACUUCCGCUCAAAUUUUCUACUGGAACUUCCACUCAUUCCACUCAAGGGGGAUCGGUUGGAGUUAUAUUUAAUCCACGGGAUGGUUCGGCUCCUGCGGAAAAUGCAUCUGAUACGACUGAGGAGGAACAGGCGCCGGAAUUUUCUGUUUUAAUAGAGAGACAUUGGAAUGAUGAUAGUUUAGAUUCUGUACAACCAUCUCAAGCAGAUUGGAUAAAGAAAUAUGUUGAGCAACAGGAAGAGGAAGAGGAAAAGGAUGAAUCUAAGACUUGGGAAGAUGACAUUUGUUAUGGGGGUAGUGUCAGUGCCAAAAAGGAGUCCUGCGAACCUAGGCCAUAUGAUGUUAUUUCCAAGGAGUAUCUUGCUGCAAGGUUAGAAGCUACAGAUGCCAAGGAGAACAAGGACAAAAAACGUCAGGAGCGGGCAGGCAAUGUCAUCCGGAAACUGAAGCAAGAGUUGUCUGCUCUAGGAUUAUCGGAUGAUGAUUUGGCCUUACAGUAUGAGCAACAAAUCAGUUCUAACUAUGAGAGAGCAUCAUCUGGCCUGUCUGGCCAUGAGCCCAACACAGGUGACACAGCAGGUUAUUCAGAAACUAAUUUGCCCUCUGGUGGAGCUGUAAUUGAUGGAAGUGAUGUAGGGCCUCGUAGCAUGGAGGAAAAUAUUGAUAAGUCUUCCUCACUGGUUGUACACAUUGAAGAAAAUUCUGUUGAAGGAGAGGCAGAAGAGGUGGAACUUGGUGGUUUCUUCUCCGAGGAUGUAUCAUCUAACGAAAUAUUACCUCCUGAUGUUUUGAGACUGCAGAAAGAAGAAAAAUUUAAAAGACUUUUGGAAAGCAAGAAUUUAGAAAAUUUAGAUGGCAUCUGGAAGAAGGGUGAUCCUAAAAAGAUCCCAAAGGCAGUUCUUCAUCAACUAUGUCAGAAAUCAGGCUGGGAAGCUCCAAAGUUCAAUAAAAUUCUUGGCAGAGGAAAAAAUUUUGCCUACACUGUGACUGUAUUGCGUAAAGCUAGUGGGAGGGGCAAGAACCGAAAAGCUGGGGGACUGGUCACACUUCAGCUUCCAGAUCAGAAUGAAAUCUUUGAAUCUGCAGAGGAUGCACAGAAUAAGGUGGCAGCUUAUGCUUUGUUACAAAUGUUUCCUGACGUCCCAGUUCAUCUCCCAAUUACAGAGCCUUAUGGUUCUCUCGUUAUGAAGUGGAUGGAAGGAGAAUCAUUUGCCAAGCUAGAAGACAGUGAGGAAGAUCAUAGAACUAGUUUUGUGGAUUCAUUAUUAAAUGGUGAUGGUUCUGGUGCAAUUCCGUCUGUUGAAGUUGCAGAUCAUAAGUCUCAACAAACAGAUAAUUUGGAUAGACUCGGUGAAAAUAAAACUUCGGCAAUUGUCAGUCAUCAGCCACCUACUCAGAGAGAUACAUAUAGCAAGGAAAAUGAGAGUAAUUAUUUGAGACAGGUUCAAAUUAAUAAAAUGAAAACACGUAGAUACCAGGAUAUGUUGAAAAUGCGAGCUACACUUCCUAUUGCUGCAAUAAAAGCUGAUAUAUUGAAACUGUUGAACAAAAAUGAUGUUCUUGUUGUUUGUGGAGAAACAGGCUCUGGAAAGACAACUCAGGUUCCACAAUUUUUAUUGGACGACAUGAUCGAGUCAGGACAUGGUGGACAUUGUAAUAUUAUAUGCACACAACCAAGGAGAAUAGCGGCAAUUUCAGUAGCUGAGAGGGUAGCCGAUGAGCGGUGUGAACCUUCACCAGGCUCAGAGGGUUCCUUGGUUGGUUAUCAAGUUCGACUUGACAGUGCCAGGAAUGAGAGAACUAGGCUUCUGUUUUGUACAACAGGCAUCCUUCUCAGAAAAUUGAUGGGAGACCAAAGUUUGACUGGCAUCACUCAUAUCAUAGUUGAUGAAGUUCAUGAGAGGUCUCUAUUGGGUGAUUUUCUCCUAAUUGUUUUGAAGAAUCUAAUUGAGAAGCAGUCCACUGAAAGAUCAACAAAACUUAAAGUCAUUCUAAUGUCUGCUACCGUUGAUUCAAGUUUAUUCUCAAAAUACUUUGGACAUUGUCCUGUAGUUACUGCAGAAGGAAGAACUCAUCCAGUGACAACAUAUUUUCUUGAGGAUAUAUAUGAUCAGAUCGAUUAUCGACUUCCUUCGGAUUCUCCAGUUUCUUUAACAUCAACAUUUCGCAAGGAGCAGAAGUUGCAGAAAGGUCUCGUGACAAAUAGCAAGGGGAAGAAGAAUCUAAUGUUAUCAGGGUGGGGUGAUGAAUCUCUGCUUUCCGAAGAGAACACUAAUCCAUAUUUUGUUCCAAGUUAUUAUCAGUCAUACAGUGAACAAGCUAAACAAAAUCUAAAAAGAUUGAAUGAAGAUGUCAUUGAUUACGAUCUUCUAGAAGAUCUAAUAUGUUUCAUUGAUGAAAAUUGCAAUGAGGGUGCCAUCCUUGUGUUCCUACCGGGAGUCUCUGAAAUAAACCUUUUACAUGAUAAGUUGGUUGCCUCUUACCGCUUUGGUGGACCCUCUUCUGAAUGGGUUAUUCCGUUGCAUUCUUCGGUUGCAUCAACUGAACAGAAACGGGUGUUUUUGCGCCCUCCAGGAAAUACACGUAAGGUUGUUAUAGCCACAAAUAUAGCAGAGACCAGCAUAACAAUAGAUGACGUGAUAUAUGUAAUUGACUGUGGAAAGCAUAAGGAAAACCGAUAUAACCCACAGAAGAAAUUGUCUAGCAUGGUUGAAGAUUGGAUAUCUCAAGCAAAUGCAAGGCAGCGCCGGGGCAGAGCUGGACGUGUAAAACCUGGAACUUGCUUUUGCUUGUACACUCGUCACAGGUUUGAAAGACUCAUGCGUCCUUAUCAGGUUCCAGAGAUGCUUCGGAUGCCAUUAGUUGAACUGUGUUUGCAGAUUAAGUUACUGUCUCUUGGUCAUAUUAAGCCAUUUUUGUCCAAGGCUUUAGAACCUCCAAAGGUUGAAGCAAUGAGUUCAGCAAUAUCCUUACUAUAUGAGGUUGGUGCUCUUGAAGGUGAUGAGCAGCUGACACCGCUUGGACAUCAUUUGGCAAAACUUCCUGUUGAUGUCUUAAUUGGAAAGAUGAUGCUGUAUGGUGCAAUAUUCGGUUGCUUGUCGCCUAUUCUGUCAAUCUCUGCAUUUCUAAGCUACAAGUCUCCAUUUAUAUAUCCAAAGGAUGAGAGGCAAAAUGUUGAAAGAGCAAAAUUAUCAUUGUUGAAUCACAAGGUAGAUGGGCCAGAUGAUACCAACAAUGUUGAUCAGCAAUCUGAUCACUUAGUAAUGAUGUUAGCUUAUAAAAGAUGGGAAAGGAUUUUGACUGAGAAAGGAGCUAAAGCUGCACAACAAUUCUGCAAUUCCUUCUUUCUGAGCAGCUCUGUAAUGUAUAUGAUAAGGGAUAUGAGAAUGCAGUUUGGAACAUUGCUAGCAGACAUUGGUUUCAUCACUCUUCCUAAAGAUGAUAAGUUGGAUCGAAAAAAGCUAGGGAGUCUUGACAGUUGGCUUUCUGAUGCAUCACAACCAUUCAAUGCACAUGCACAUCAUUUGUCAGUUGUCAAGGCUAUACUAUGCGCUGGUUUGUAUCCCAAUGUGGCAGCUAGUGAACACGGUAUUGUUGGAGCAGUUCUUAGCACCUUCAACCAGUCUUCUAACACUGGAAAUAGUGGUCGUACAGUCUGGUUUGACGGAAGAAGAGAAGUUCAUAUCCAUCUUUCUUCUAUCAAUAGUAACACUAAAUCCUUUCAAUACCCCUUUCUCAUCUUCCUUGAAAAGGUUGAAACAAACAGAGUAUUUUUACGCGAUACUUCUGUCGUUUCUCCAUACUCCAUUUUGCUGUUUGGGGGGUCAAUUAAUGUUCAGCAUCAGACUGGACUUGUAACAAUUGAUGGAUGGUUGAAACUGAGUGCACCUGCACAAAUAGCUGUGUUAUUCAAGGAGCUAAGACAAACUCUACAUACCUUUCUGAAGGAGCUUAUUCGAAAGCCGGAGGAGGCGCUCAUGCUCAAUAAUGAACUCAUUAAGUCCAUCGUCACUUUGCUGUUAGAAGAAGGAAGCCCUAAAUGAUUGAUCAAUCCACUUCAAAAAGCCGCCAUAGCAGCACUGGCAGAAUUUUCAAGAAACCGCUAUAGCACCAGAGAAAUUCCUAUAUACACCAUGAAGUAAGAAUGAUUCUCCUUCCACAUUGAUUUAUUAUCACAAACAUUUAAGAAAGAAAGAUAAAAUACAACCCAAAAAAAUAAAGGAAAUCAUAAAUGAGUGGUUAUGAAGUGAUGUGGAAUCAAAUUUUUCUCCUCCCUGGAGGUGGAUAGAAUAUCUACACCGGAGGGAUUCUUAUAUACACCAUUUCAUAUAAAGAGUAAUUCUAAAUCAUAGAAUAUCCCAUAGCACCUCUAGCUUCUCUUGUUUCCUUUGUUAUAUUUCUGUGUAUGAGAUAUUAGUCUUCUAUAUAUCAGCGCGUUUGGCUUCCCUCUAUCUUAGUAUUUGUCAAUAGAAUUUAUUAUUUUUAUAUAUAAUUACAUAUAUAUACAUAAGCUGCUAUGCCCUUUACUCCUUUACUAUACGGAAAUGCUAUUUUGACAACUGGAUUCUACAACUCACUCAACUGCACAGUCAGUCUCCGAUGCAAUUUUCCUCAGGCAAGGCUUUGUGGAGGGGUAAAUUACAAAAUUUCGCUGGCCCAUGGAAAUUUACAUGGGAGAGAUACUUUGAAACAACUUACAAAAUUAUACAUGUUACUAACAUAAAUGUUAUACGUUGAAUGCCCAACGUACAGGCAUUCCUGCGUUACACCCUUACGCCAUACAAGGGGCCUGUGUGAAUUUAGUCUCCUAUAAAUGGCGUGAGUUCAGUCCCCUGAGAGUGGCUCUCCACAAAAAGGAGAGAGGGGGAGGGGUGCUUGUUUAACCUUACUUAGAAAGGUUUGUAGCAUUAGGUGUAACUCUGUAAAUUGCUUCAAAGAGCCCUACAAAUUUAUAUAGGUCAUGCGAAAUCUUUUGAAAUAUAGUGUAAAAUUGCGCUAGAGGGAUUGUAUGGUGGUGUUAGGGGUGUUGCAGGAACCAAUUAUUAAAGCAAAAAUAGUAUUUCGGUUCACAAACUACUCUAUGCCGCGACACCAUUUGGCAUCCACCAUGUUUUCAUAGUAGAUUUUUCUGCUAAAGGGUAUGAGCUGCUAUCCGUUAUUCUUUUUGGUCAUUCAAACACACACACUACACUAGAAGGCUCUUUUAAGUUUUAGCCACAACUAAUUACCAAAAAAAAGGGUUUUAACCACAACUAAGCUGUUGCUAAGAUUGAGCCUGGAUUUGGCCGAUAGGAGGCAAAUGCUUUUGCCACUGCCCACUGGUACACAAGCCUCAGCCACAGCUGCUGUGUUAAACGUUGUUAAUUACAUUGCAUGUGUUCCAACAAUAAUGGAAAAAGAGGCUGUAUGUAAUGCUUCUGGUUUCAGUAGGGAACUAUAAUUUUUCCUCCUUCACAUAACAAAGCACUUUUGGUCGAUGUGGCCCUCUUGUUUUCAGUUUUCCAAAACACACUUAAAUUUUAUGAUUUUAUUUCAAUAUCAAUAAUUCUUAAUUUAACUUUACAAUUAAUCUCCUAAUUUAAUUUAUU